ACUCCUAUCACCAAUAAAGCAACUGCGUAUUCAAACAUCCUCACAAAAUUUGAAAAUGGGUCUGAUCUACGGGCUAACAAAAGAAAAAAUAUUUCAACAACAAUUAUUAUAAUCCCACCAUACAAAGGGAAGUUAAGCAAAACAUUUGAGGAAGUAGAAGAUCCUAUUAGUUUAGCUCAAUUUUUUGCGAUAAGAGCAGGCUCAGCAAAUGAAUAUAAGAUUAAAAUGAACUAUUUUGGUAAAUAUUAA